AUAUCGUUUUAAAUCAGUUUGCAAGUCAAGCCCGUUCAAAUCACUACAGAAAAUUGUUGUUACAGAAAAGAAAACAUUUCCUUAAAAUAGUAAUUCCAAGAAAAUGUCACAUAUUCGUCCUCUUCAACCCGAUGAAUGCAGCAAUCUGAAUCUGUGGCUCAAGAUGCAUCAAAUCGACAUAAAUGCCAAAAAACGACGCGAACUCUCCGAUGUCCUUCCGGUGGCCACAAUUGUCAAGAUGGUCUACACCCGUCUGGUGGACCUGAAUCCCUACGCACAACCACGAAACAGUGUGGCUAACAAGUUGCAGAACUGGAAGGUUUUCAAUUUUACGGUCCUCAAGAAACUAAACUUAAAGCUGUCCGAAUCGGACAUGAGGGAGCUCGCUGAAGGCAAGGUGGGCGCAAUAGAGUGGCUGUUCCAUGAACUCUUCGUUCGCCCGGAGAAUCUUCACGGCGAGGAUGACCAAGUCAUUCGUACAGCAAUUUAGAUGCAAUCAAACCUUUUUCUGUUCUUGAUAUGGAUCCAAGACGCGCUAAGAUUGGAUAUUGCCAAUACCUGGAGACGCCUACAUAUAUUUUUUUAAAGUUAAUUUUGGGUUUUCAAACUUUAUUUGGGUUUUGAAAAAAACAAAAUUAUUUUAGCUGUGCAUAUUGAAAAUCAAAUAAAAGCAAAUUACCUUAUCGCAAAUGAUUUUGUGACAAAUUAAA